AUGAGCACACAGCGCCACCUUGAGGCCAAGAUACAGUGAUGCUGAAGGAGCAGGGCAGGGCGGCGGGUCUGGAGGAGUAGCAGCAGUACCGCUGUCCAUAAUCCUCCACAUAUCGGAUGCUGAUCGUCCAGCAGAGCUCCUGCAGGAUGCAUUAAGGGUCAGAGGUGAGCUAGCGAGGCAGAGAUGAGUCUGACUUCCUGGUUCCUGGUGAGCGGCGGGGGGACGCGCCAUCGUCUCCCCAGGGAGAUGAUCUUCGUGGGGAGGGACGACUGUGAGCUCAUGCUGCAGUCCCGCAGUGUGGACAAGCAGCACGCUGUCAUCAACUAUGAGCCGAAUACAGACGAACAUAAAGUGAAGGAUCUGGGCAGCUUAAAUGGGACAUUUGUCAACGAUGUCAGGAUACAGGAGCAAAUCUACGUCACGCUGAAAAUUGAUGACAAAUUGAGGUUUGGAUAUGAUACCAACCUGUUCACCGUGGUUCGAGGAGAGCUGCAUAUUCCAGAGGAGGCCCUAAAGCAUGAGAAGUUCAGCAGCCAGCUGCAGCUGAGCCAGAAGAAACCUCCAGAGGCCGAAUCGUCUAAAUCUGAGGUGAAAUCGUCUGAGGCAGCACCAGCAUGUGGAGGGGCCGCCGCCAAGCCCCCCGAAGCCAGCAGGGUGGAGGAUAAAGCGACAGGGGACGUAGCAGUGCUGCACAGAAUCACCCCCCUCUAUGGACAGCCUGCCUGGUGGGGAGAUGGAGACGCUGAUGACCAGCAACCUGGGAGGCCUGAGGAGAGGAGCUCAGAUCGGAAGCGAGAAAAAGUUGAAACUGACGCCAAGAAAAGUACUGAGGUCCCAAAGUCGGCCCUGCAAACAGCUUCCAAUCAGGAGCCUAGCUACUUCGAGAUCCCAACCAAGGAUACUCACUCAGCAGGUAAAGUGAGUGGUGAAGCCCCCUCACAAGAACAAGAGGCUGCUGCUUCUUCGGCUGCAGAGCCCGUCCAUGGCCACGCCUCCUUCACCAUUGAGUUUGACCCUGGGGCAUCUGGUAAAGUGACCGUCAAAGAUCGAGUAGCGAAAGUAGGACCAGAGACCAGGCCGCGUCCUAAAAGGGCUGUCGGGGAGGAGCUGAGUCCACUUCAGACAGCUAUGGUAGCUGCGGAGGUCAAAGUUGCCGACUGGCUGGCCCAGAAUGAGCUGCCAUUGGCUCUCAAAGAUGCUGUUGCAGAGGAUGAUGGGGAGAGUGUGAAGAGUGAUGUGCCUGUGCAGCUGAAAAGUCUUAAAGGCAGUAAACAUGAGGACGGCACUCAGAGCGACUCUGAGAACGCACUUGGAGAGCAGCGCAGGGCCGCAGCAAUGGAUGAACGCUCAUGGGGGCUUUGGGGCGGUGCGGGGAUGAAGAUCAGAGAGGGUCGCGCUAACGUGCCAGAGGGGCUCUUUGCAGAGGAGGACAGUCCUGCUCGCCGUCGCAAGUCUUCCACUUCCAAAGUGGCGAGCGGAUUUGUAGAAAGGCGACGUGGCUCGGCACCGCAUCAGCAGAGUAGCCGUGAUGAGUGCUAUCACCACGGAGAUGAUUAUAGCGACAGGGGAACCUAUACCAUUGAACUGGAGAAUGGAGAUCACGAGGAGGAAGAAGCGAGGAAAAUGAUCGACAAGGUGGGGAAGAAGAAAGUGUUUGGUGUGGAUGAGCAGGAGGGUGUGUGUGUGUCCAGGCUGGGGGGUGUUGACCAAAGAGAGAGGCUCACCUCCCAGAGGUCUGGUACAGGAGACAGAGGAAAGCCUGGACGCAUGGAGACAGAGGUACUAUCAGAGGAACUGAUGGUGGGUGGUCCUCGCUGGGUCUCGCAGUGGGCUACUCUGGCUGCCAGUCACAUUAGAACAGACCCUGAGGGAUCAGGAGGGGAGAGUCACGUCAUGGUCACAGAGGACAGAGCCGAAAUAAGUGAAUCCAGCCAUUCAGCCUCAUUUGCCUCGUCUGGCUACACAGAGCGUAAGAGAAGAACCCUGCCCCAGCUGCCUGGUGAAGAGCUCGCUCUUGGAAGGAGAACCCCAGGCGCAGGCCUGCGUGCGGAUAUGGGGGAGAAACAGGACACAGAGCUACAGGAGAAAGAGAGCCAGGAGGAGAAGAUGGUCAGAGGAAAGACUCGGCAUGGCAGUGGAGGUGUGGGCAGUCAUGGGGGUAGCCCCAGUCGCUCCUCACCAGCCAAGUCGCAGGACAGUGCUGGUGGAAGAUCAGGCCAGUCAGGUGUGUUGGCCAAGCUCCCCCCUCGUCCACUGACGAGUGGGGAGAAAAGAAUGGAGGAGUCACGGAGGAGGAAAAAGGAAGAGGAGAAGGCUAGGGAGAGUAGUGGGAAACCAUUGUUGAGGCAGGAGAGUUUUACUGUGGAGAAACCAAGCGCCAACGUGCCCAUUGAGCUCAUACCUCGUAUUGAUGGGCUCACAGGCAGAACUCAGAGUAAGGAGACUGGCAUUGACAGCGCCACACUGCAAAAAGACUCAGAGGCCGUUGCAGCCUUUUUAGAGACGACUGUGUCAGACCAAGGUGAUCCACCAAGUCAGUCCAUCGAAGGCUCCAUGUCACCAGAGUCAGACGUGGACACGACCAGCACAGUAAGCCAGGCUGAUGGAGCGAGAAAAGUAAUCCAGAAACGCCGAACUCUUGCAGGACAGCAGAAGGAGAGAACGGUAGUGUGCUCAUCCGGCAAAGGUCUGACUGGGGGCCGAGAGACCCAGGACAGGAGGGCCAAGACCAGGGCAUCUGGUCCUCCGCAGCCCAGCCGCCCUUGGACUUCCCUGGACCUCACUGAUGAUGACGUCAACUCUAACUCACUCCUCUCUGACUCUCAGCCCACCUCGACACAAGAAUCUAGAAGCUCACACACCAGAGCCCAGAGUGGUGGCACAACAGUGGGAGCUAGCACCAAGUCUAGUCGAGCUAAAAUCACCCAGCCCUCAGCCUCCUCUGCAACAAGUAAAACCACUAGUGUGCCCAAGCCCAGGCCUACCAGGGCGUCCCUACUGAGGCGAGCCAGGCUGGGGGACUCCUCAGACACCGAACCUGCUGAUCUUGACCGCAUGUCUGUAGCUUCUGAGGCCUCCACUGCUAGUUCCACAUCCAGGACAGGGAUGGCAAAAAGGGGAAUGUCCAGGAUAGAGGCUCUAGCACAGCCAAGGAGGCCGAGGGUGGGCUCCCCGUCAGCCCAGAGUGACUCAGAGGCCACUGUGACAAGGAGUAGAGGUCUGGGGGCCCGGAGUGCUGCUGGUGAUUAUGCCAUCAGACAAGGACUGAGAGGGUCUAAUGUGACUUCAGUGUCUGGACCCAGAGCUAGGGCGAACAGCGCCUCCAAGCUGCCUGACAAGGGUAAAGGCACCUCCUCCUAUGGACAUGUUACACCUGCGUCUGGCACUCGGUGGCGCCGCGUGCCUGUUGAGUAUGCGUCCACCUCAGAGGACGAGUAUGGCUCAAACCGCCACAUGUCCAAGCAGGGCCACACACGGCCGUUCCCUGCCACUCGGGUAGCCCAACUCGGAGGUUCAGCCCCAGCAACUCCUAACCCUGCAGGCCUAUCUGCCCUGAAGCAGCACUCCAGGGAACAGGACGAGUACAUGAGAGACUGGACGGCACAUAGCGAGGAAAUAGCCAGGAUAAGCCAGGACUUAGCCAAAGACCUAGCCAUGCUUGCCAGAGAAAUUCAUGAUGUGGCAGGAGAGAUCGACUCAGUCAGCCCUGCAGCCACAGACCCCGGAGCUCUGUUGGAGGAACGUGUGUUUGAUGACAACUUGGACCCAAGUGGACCUUCUGCAGAGGGGACCAAUGGGCGGUCUGUGCAGCUUCGACCCCGAGGCUCUGGUGGACAGGGCUCCCGUGCCAUCCGCCGACAGACAUGGAACAGAGAUGAUGCGGUGCUCGACAGUUUACUACUAGCCUCUGUGACUCAGCUCUCAGCAAGGAUACGUCAGUCUGUUGACAAAACAACCUGCAAAAUCAGGAUCCUCUUCAAGGAUAAAGAACGGAAAUGGGAAGAGAUUGAGAACAAACUGCAGGCGGAGCACGACUCCCUGCUGCUCAAGAGCUCCAAUAAGGAGAUUUCAAGCAUUAUUCAAGACCUGAGGAGAGUGGAGAGACAACUGCUUGUAAUUGACAUGAUGGUGGACCCAGACGGCACCCUGGAUGCCCUGUCCAAUCUGGGCCUGACCAGCCCUCUGACUGACCAGAAGAUCAGUCCCGGGACUCAGCAGGGGGCGGCAGUGUUGCACCCUGGAGCUGAAGUCUCCUCCAGCACACUGUCCAGGCCUGAAGGACUGGCCACUGAACCCUGCGGUGCCUCAGACCAUGCAGCGGUGGCAGAGCGAGACCCAGGACCCCGGCAGAGCUCAAGAUCCUACAACUGAUAUACCAAGGACAUAAUUCAUAAUGCAUCCUUUAAAUUGGACAAAUCCUGAAGAUGCAAGGUCAGAAGAUUUUUUACAAAUUUGGUCUCAGAUGAUGGAGGAAAAAGGAUGAUGCGUAUACGGUGGGAAAGCCUGACUGCCCGAACCGUCAAAGUGAUUCGUGAUAGCACUUUGUAAAAGUCCAACACUACCAAAUAGCAGCUCUUGUCAGAUAUACAAUAUGAAGACUUCACAGUAUUAAUUGGUGAGCUUAUGAAGAAGCUAUGACAUAAUAUAGAGUAACCCAUCUGUGUCUUUGUGUUGCAGCUCAUUCUUAUUAUCCAUUAACCUUAAAAGCAUUUGAAAGAAGUACAGAUGUAAAAGAUGAGAGGAUUUAAUGUUAAAGAUAAACUUUCCAAAAUCCUGCUUACAUUCUCUCUACACUGUGUUUUUACACAAGCCUUGAAAUCUUUCUGUUUGAACCAUAAGCUGAUCAGUCAGCUGACUGAAAGAGAGCAACACGGUUUUUUAAACCUGGACCCUAUUUUCUCAUGUUUUUGUGUCUGAGUGACAUUUUUUUUGACACUGGUCCAGUAUUUAGCAAGACAGCUGUAGCAGUGACGAAACCAGCUGCAAUGUUAUAGGCAUUUGUGCACCAUCAAUUUACAUCGACUAAAAGUGUUUGUUUUGCCACUGACAGGCUCAGAUUGUUUUACAGUUACAAGUGUCGAACAACAUUAUGAAAAAGAUCCCUUAAACACUUAAGAUCUUUUUUAUUUGACCAGAAACAGCCCCAAAAUCACCAUUGCCCAACCCACCAGACUUCAUUUAAAAAAACAGUAAUUUUAGCACGUUUAGAGGCAGCAUGUUUUCAGAUUUAACUGGGUGAAUUAAGGGUUUAUUUCACCCAAACCAGAAUUAGAGAUUGUUGGAACAUUGGAGAGAUUCCAAGAUGGCUUUGGUGAGUUUCAUUUUGUUCCUGUUGGUUUUGAAUGAAGUGUGUUUAAAGGUGAUAAAAUUGCUGUUUAUUUAAAUGGAGUCUGGUGGGUUUGGCAAGGGCGAUUUCAGGGCUGUUUCUGGUUAAACAAAAAAGAUGUUACUCUUCAAAAAAGAGGUCUAUCUCUGUAGGGAUCCUUUCCAAACUGUUGUCAGGCACCUAAAAUAACAAUCUGACCCUGUCAGUGACAAAAGCAAGAACAUGACAUGGAAUAAAUGGAAGUUGUGAAAUUGCCCAUUAAUAUUACAUUACAGCUUGUUUCACUGCUGGCAGCUGCAGCCCUCUCUCGCUCAAUACUAGACUAAUUUUUCAAAAAAGUUGCUCCCAUUAGUCAGACACAAAAACAUGGGAAACAAGUCCAGGUUAAAAAAUAUCAAAGUUACCCUUCAGAGCCAAUGCAGAGACCCAAACUAGAAAGGUGCAAUUGUGUCAAAAAAGGAUUCAGCAGAAGUGUAGGCUGUGAGAAUAGUGUUCUUCUAUCCUGCCAUAGACUUAUUUAUAAAGAUGAAUAUAUUGUUGAUUUGUUGCAGUUGCAAUCCCCAAACCUGUCUCGGUAAUGAUUUUCCAUCAGAAAAGGCCACGUUGCUUAUUUGCUGGGAAAAGAACUGGGUAUGUACAGUAUGUACCAGUGUAAAUGUUUAUUAUAGUUAAAUCAAAUACUCCCAUCCAUGCCUUUUUUUCCCUGUGGCGAUGUCAUUUGAAACCAGUGUAUCAAAGAUAGACCGUGUGUGUUCAUAAAAAGUAUAAAAUCAAAUGUAGCUCCCAGAAAGGUUUUCCAAAUGUAUUUUGUCACAAGUGCCCUGGAUCAAACAAUCAUUACAGUUUGAGAAGAAAGAUGCUACAGUGUAUAGGAGAUGGUGAGGUGGAGGUGAAAUUUGUUUUGCACAUUACAAAGCUGAUAUAUGUUGCUACUCAUCUCUACGGGACCAGGACAUGACAUGCCCCUACUGCGCUCCAUUAUCAUGUUGAUGUCCUCGACCAAAAACAAAACAGGGUGAAAGCCAGCUGCCUGUUGACGAACGCUUUGUCAAGUUAUUUUCUGAUCACAAACAAAAAUGUUGUGUUUGAACCAGCAUAGACAGGGGCUACCUCCAAGUCCUGCAGCUGCAUUUUAUUGUUGACGAUACAACGGAACGAUGGACAGUGUAAUGACUGUAGGUUUUCCAAUGUCUUGCCUCAUACCAAUGUUUACACAUGAAUGUAACCUGAUCAGAACUGUUGAAACAUUUUAGCCAAAACAACUUGAAUUAAGAUUGAUAACUGCAUUGUGUGCUCAGCACCUACUGUACUUUGUCUUUAAUUUUGUUUGAGCAUUUGGAGAAUUUUUUGUUUGGAUGUUUUGUAUGAUUUUUUCUUUCCUUUGUAAUGAUGUUAGGUUAAAUGUUGACCUUGCAAUACCUGUGUAUUGUUUGUCUCAUUUCCAAUAAAAUGCAUGAUAAU